GCGACCGUCCCGGAAACCCUCCUCUUGUAUUACUGUAACAAUGCGAAUCGAGCGACGGUACGAGCGUACAGUGAAACGAUUCUCUUCCGGUACAUGCAUUGACAAACAAUGCGACGUGCAGCGUUUUCCGAGGCCUGUUGUUGCUGGGUAAUGUAAGAAGCUGGCUGUAUUGCGCAAAUAUCUCGCAAAAAUAGCGCAGACGGGCUUCUGUCCUUCCGUAUAGGGAGGGGUGAGAGUGAACGCCGCGAUUUUCUUUGUUUACACCGGAAAAUAAGUGAGAAUGCUACGGAUUGUGGGACCGCAGAUGCCUCUGAUAUUGUGGAUCUUUAAUGUUAAUGUGAAGCUCAGUUCUGCAGCCCAGAGAUGCGAGGAGGUCUUGGCCUCACCGCUUCCAUACAGCGCCUUCACCAGCUCCUCUGUGUUGGCGGCUGACUUUGGCGCUGGCUAUGCCAAACUCAACAGGAGAUUAGGCAACGGAGGCUGGUCACCGCGCGACUCUGACCAUCAUCAGUGGCUGCAGGUGGAUCUCAAGGCCAGGAAACAGAUCACUGCCGUGGCAACGCAGGGCAGAUAUAGCAGCUCUGAUUGGACGAAACAUUACAGGUUGCUUUACAGUGACACAGGAAGUAAUUGGAAUCCUUAUCAGCAGGAUGGCAACAUAUGGACAUUUUCAGGGAACUGGAAUUCAGAGCGAGCCGUGCGCCAUGAACUUCAGCAUCCGUUGGUGGCUCGAUACAUGCGCUUCCUCCCGCUGGACUGGAGUGAGGAGGGCAAAAUUGGGCUGAGAGUGGAGAUCUAUGGUUGCUCUUACUGGGCGGAUGUGAUCAACUUUGACGGUGAGGGAGUGAUUUCUUAUCGAUUCCGACACAAGAAGUUGAAAACUUUGAAGGAUGUGAUCUCACUGAAGUUUAAGACCACUAAAGGAGAUGGCAUUCUGCUGCACGGAGAGGGACAGCAGGGAGAUUAUAUUACUCUAGAGCUGCACAGAGCCAAACUACAGCUGCAUGUCAACCUGGGCAGUAAUCAGUACGGCUCUAUUCGGGGUCACACAUCGGUGUCUAGUGGAAGUCUGCUGGAUGAUGAUCACUGGCACUCGGUACUGAUCGAACGCUACAGACGCAGCGUCAACUUCACCCUCGAUCAUCACACGCAGAGCUUCCGCACCAACGGAGAGUUCGACCACCUGGACCUCGACUAUGAAAUAACGUUCGGAGGGAUGCCGUUGUCUGCCAAGCCCAGCUCAGGAGGGAGAGAAAACUACUUUGGCUGCAUGGGGGCCAUUCAUUACAGCGGUGACAACAUUACCAACCUCGCUCGCAGGAGGAAAGUGGACACCACCAGCUUUCGUAACCUGACGUUCUCCUGUGCGGAAUCACACACCUUCCCGGCGUUCUUUAACUCCACCAGCACAUUGCAGCUUCCAGGUCGUACUGACGCAGACACAGUGUCGGUCAGGCUGCGGUUCCGCACGUGGAACCCCAGCGGUCUUCUCUUCUUUACCCCGCUCAUGCCCGGUGGAGUGGAGGUCAGUCUGGUGGAGGGUAAAGUCACCGUCCACAUCUACAUCGCGCUGGAGAAGAACACGCGAGUGGACAUCUCCUCAGGUUCUGGUCUAAAUGACGGUCAGUGGCACAGCGUUCACUUCCUGGCGCUGGAGAGCAUUGCCAUGUUGACCAUCAACGGUGAUGAGAUGUCUACUGUGAGAGCCGCCCUCCCCAUUCAAAUCAGGACGGGCGGAGAUUAUUUUUUCGGAGGAUAUUUCCCAUGGACGGCUCUCUCUCCGUCACAGCGCUCCUUCCAAGGGUGCAUGCAGCUCAUACAUGUGGAUGACCAGUUGGUCGACCUUCGCUCUGUGGAGCAAGGCAUGCUUGGUAGUUUUGAGAAUGUCAGUCUGGACAUGUGUGCUCUUAUUGACAGGUGUGAGCCAAACCGCUGUGAGCACGGAGGCAAAUGUUCUCAGACUGGAAACAUGUUUAAAUGUGCCUGUCAUGGAACUGGAUACACUGGUGCCACCUGCCACAACUCCGUGUAUGAACAGUCCUGUGAGGAGUACAAACAUAUGGGCCGGCCUUCAGACACGUACUGGAUCGAUCCAGACGGCAGCGGACCCAUCGAGCCCUUCAGAGUCAUCUGUGAUAUGACAGGAGACAAGGUCUGGACAACGAUUGUGAAUGAUUUGCCGCCUCAGAGUCUGGUGAGCGCAGCUUCCGGUCCUGAAGAGAAGACUGUAAUAAAUCUCAAUUACAGCAUGUCUGCUGAGCAGGUGAACGCUGUCACCGGAAUCUCUGAGCUCUGUGAACAGCUUGUGGCGUUCACGUGCUACAAAUCACGCCUGCUCAACUUGCCAGAUGGUUCUUCAUCCACGUGGUGGGUCGGCCAGGGAAACGAGAAGCACUUUUAUUGGGGCGGCUCAGGACCGGGCGUGCAGAAAUGUGCGUGUGGGAUCGAACGCAACUGCACAGACCCCAAAUACUACUGUAACUGUGAUGCGGAUCUGAGACAAUGGAAAGAGGAUGCAGGUCUGUUACUGUAUAAGGAUAAUCUGCCUGUCAAUCAAGUGGUUGUUGGAGAUACACAUCGCUCGGGAUCAGAAGCCAAACUCACUGUCGGACCACUUCGAUGCCAAGGAGACCGUCACUACUGGAACGCAGCGUCCUUCAAUACACCUACAUCCUAUCUGCAUUUUCCGUCCAUCCAAGGCGAGACCAGCAUCGACAUUUCCUUCUACUUCAAGACGUCUUCCUCACAAGGUGUCUUUCUGGAAAACCUGGGCAAUCCCGACUUCAUUCACUUAGAACUAAAAUCUGUUACCACGGUGUCGUUCUCCUUUGAUGUGGGCAAUGGACCGGUAGAGUUGACCGUUCGCUCGCCCACACCUCUCAAUGAUGACCAGUGGCACAGGGUGGAGGUGGAGCGGAAUACUAAGGAGGCUGUUUUGCGAUUGGAUAAGACGUACAGGGAGGCACGGUCGGCCCCGCCUCAAGGCCACACCCGCCUGGAGCUCUUCAGUCAGCUGUUUGUGGGGGCUUCAGGGGGACAGAGAGGUUUUCUGGGCUGCAUUCGUUCUCUGAAGAUCAACGGCAUGACAUUUGACCUUGAGGUGAGGGCAAAGGUCACUCCCGGUGUGAAGCCAGGCUGCUCGGGUGAUUGCACCAGCUAUGGGAUGAACUGUAAGAAUGGAGGAAAAUGUCUGGAGAAAUAUAACGACUACACCUGCGACUGCAGUCUGACUGCCUUUGACGGACGUUUCUGCAAUGAUGAUGUUGGUGGCUACUUUGAAAGCGGGACUCUGGUGCGAUAUGACCUCAUGUCAGACAGCAGUUCUUCUUUUGCCGUUAAGGAUGUGAGAGAAGCUUCUGAAGUUCUGAGCGCUGUUGGUAAUCUCACCCGUGAGGAGCUAUUCUUUAGUUUCAGUACAUCUCACACGCCCUCUGUCCUCAUCUACAUCAGCUCCAAGACACAGGAUUACAUGGCCGUGGUUCUGCGGCAUAACGGUACACUACAGAUUCGCUAUAAUCUGGGUGGAUUGAGGGAGCCGUUCACGAUCAACCUUAAUAAUCGCAACAUGGCUAACGGACAACCCCAUAAUGUCAACAUCACACGACACGACAGACUCAUUCUGCUCCAGUUGGAUCACUAUCCCACAGUUAGAUACUCCCUUCCUGAAGCAUCGGAAACAGAGUUUAACCUCGUCAAGACAAUUUUCUUAGGAAAGGUUUUUGAAACGGGUCAGAUUGAUCCAGUUUUGAUCGAGCGUUAUAACACCCCAGGCUUCGUGGGCUGUCUCUCCAGAGUACAGUUUAAUCGCAUCGCCCCGCUGAAGGCCGCCCUGAGGACAGGCGUUCCCUCCACGGCCUCUGUACAGGGAGUCCUCGUGGAGUCAAACUGCGGAGCGUCUCCCCACACAGUUCCACCCAUGUCUGCAGCCUUUGACCCCUGGCACCCGAAUUCAGCUGGUGCCCAGUUCCCAUUCAACGAGGAACGAAUAGGCCGUGACGGAGUCAACAGAGAUUCUGCAAUAAUUGGAGGUAUCAUCGCAGUUGUGAUUUUUACCAUCCUCUGCACGCUGGUGUUCCUGGUCCGUCAUUUGUUCCGUCACAAGGGCUCCUACCACACCAACGAAGCCAAAGGGGCGGAGUCUGCCGACUGCGCUGAUGCAGCCAUCAUUGUGAAUGACCCAGCCUUCACAGAGACCAUUGACGAGAGCAAGAAGGAGUGGUUCAUUUAGCCACGCCCUCAUGUUGAUGUAUUAAAGGACACCUAGGGAAAAGAAACCCAUUAUUUGGGUAUGUGAAAUGAACAAAUGAAAACUGCAGUUUUGGACCACGUCUGUGCACUGGCUGGCAUGUCUGUUCAGUAAUUAUUUUGUAUGUACAGUAACUUAAGACUGCACAAGGACUUCUCUAAGAUCAAAUUCAUUCCAUGCACAUUUCGCAGUCCUAUUCAGCGACAACGGUAGAACGCAAUCGAUGCGUUGCAACGUGACUGUCGGUUAACAAAUAACAAAGGGAAUGGCAGAAAUGUGCAUUAAGCAAGCGUGAAUGCAGCAAAACACCGCACAAAAGGAAUAUGUACAGAAUGCAUAGUUAUGUUUCCGAUAAUGACAUUUGAUUGUAUUGAAAUGUUAUGUUGUCAUAAGCAUCAUCAGGACAAUAAUAUAUUGUAGCAUGGUAAUCGGCCAAUGGUGUCUCUGAAUCAUUCAUCGAUGUUAAUGCAGCACUUUUAUAUCUCAUGAAUUCAGUGUUAUUUGUCUGUUCUCCAUAAAUGCUUGUUCAAACUUUAUGGAAACCAUAAGGCAUUUUAGAUACCCCGUCUUUGACCUUGGUUAGGAUUUUUCUGUCUUAAUAUGAAUGCUCUUGAAAAUAAACUAGUAGAGUUUUAGCAGUUUUGUUGAUGUGUGAUCGGUAGUAAAUUGAAACAUGAUUGGUCCAGUUUCUUUUAAUCAGCCUCAAGGGUUAAUUGGCAUUUAUGACUAAGCAUGGAUUUCAUGAUUCAUUUCAUGGUCAUGUAGGAUGUUUUUCUUUUUGUGUUAGCAGUUUAAUGCAAAGUUAAUUUGAGGUUGGUCCUAACGGCAUCAAACAACCCAUUUUUAUGUAUAACCAGCUGUAUUAUUGUCUUCAUUGUGUAGAUGCUCAAAAGAGAACUGGUGUGUUUUAAUGCAUUUUAAACACAUGUUUUUCCUCUCGGCUCACAUGGAAUCAUUGACAGCAGUAUUAUUUAAUACAGAUUCAUUUCUGAUUUAUAUUAAUGCACCACAAUAAUGUGGCUUUUCAAGAUUAUUAAACUUCUGUUUGUUAUAACCUAA